UGCCGUAAGCAUUCUUUGUGUAUUCAAGGCAUUCAGGGUCUCUUGUGUAGAUUCUGCCACAUGUUACAGAAAUACAAGUCUCUAUUAGAGAGUGGAAGAGAAUUCAUCUGCAGAUUUUACGCAUGAAGAAACGUAAUGCAAGUCUAGUGUUUACAUGCCAUAAUUCUUAGUUGGACUUUGCCGAGUUCCAUAGAUUACAGCAUCAGUGACAUUGUACAUACCACUCAUGCCAACUACUCAACUUCUGCUAGAUUCUUUCUAAUGACCUAAUAGAUGGCAGCAGGAGCCUAAUUCCCACGUCCACAACGAGAAAAACUGGUGCUAACAGAGUGACCAUCGUUUCAAGGUUGCUCGGGCUGUAUGGGGUCUGGUAAUGUCAUGAUGAAGCAGUACCCCUCUUGCCAAAAUUCGCAUUGCACACGAUAACUUCGGUGGGUAUUACUUUUGGAAGACUCGAGCACACCACAUCUUCGACUCCGAAGCAGAGUGGAGUGUCGCAGCAAAUCACUGACGACGCUGUCCCGGAGUCAAUACCACUGACCGGAACCUACCCGGAAGAUAUGGACUGCAGCCCCAAGUUCCGUUGGACAUGGCUGCUGGAUAUUCUAAUGGGAGGUUCAGUUUCAGCAGGCAUUAUCAUGAUAGAGUAUGGUCUGAUCCCAACUGUACAGACAGGCUUCUACUGUGAUGACCCAAAGAUUUCCCACAAAUUCAGAGGGGACACCAUUUCCAUCACAACAUUACUCUGUUUCACCAUUCUGGCUCCUUUCAUUGGGUUAUGGGUGAUUGAAUCCUGCUGUUAUUCAAUUGAUGACUAUGACGUCAGCAAGUCUGCUAAGCACCGAAGCUUGAGUGGAGCAAGACAGGCAUGUUAUUGGUACUGGGAGUUCUUUGUUGGCCUUGUUAUGGUUCUUGUUGUGACAGAAGUUGCCAAGACACUGGUGGGUGAGCCCAGACCACAUUUUCUUGACACCUGCCGUCCUGACUUGGUUAGAAACUGUACAGAAACCUCCAAUUAUGUUCCAAGUGACUACAAAUGUACCAAUACAGAUAUAAGCCAGUGGCUGGUCAGAGAUUCAAAUAAGUCAUUUCCCUCUGGACAUGCAUCAAUGUCUACUUACACAGCAGUCUUCAUGAUGUGGUUCAUACAAUGCAGAGUCCCUAACAAAGCCACCUUCCUGCUGGUUCCAUGGUUGCAGUGUUUUUGCCUAAUGUGGGCCAUGGUCUGCUCAUUCACUCGUAUCACAGACCACAGACAUCACUGGUGGGAUGUUUUAGCUGGUUUCAUGCUUGGAGCCAUCAUGGCCAUCUUCACAGUGAAAUCCUUCUGUGGAGGUUUCUUCUCUCACCAUUCUGGAGCUGUAACUGGAGCAAACAAAUAUGAUGGGUCAUUAAAGGAGAAUGGGCACGUAGGGACAACCAAUGGAGGCAACAGGCACCCAUCAGUCCGCCGGCUGCUGUCCUCAACAUCAAGCUACACAAACUCCAUCACACCAGAGGAGAGGGAGCUACGAGAAGUUGCCAUGACAUAGCAUGAAAUAUGGAGUCAUGGCAAUAAGCAGUUGAUAUAGAAAUCUGAAUAUUCAAGUUAUGAGAGUUCUGAGUUAAACUUCUCUGAUGUCAGUGGCUAUUAAAAGGACAAAACUGUUGUCUGAAGUACAAAGUUAGUCACAAAAUGUGAGUGAUCCAAGCAUAGAAAUAUUAUUUUUUGAGUACCUUUAUACUACCAACAGAUUCUCUUUUAUGCAUAUUGUAUAAUAUAUGUAUACAUGCACACACAACAGUUAAGUUUCUCAACUGCAAAUUAUUGCUGUAACUUGGCUGUCACACUUUUACUGCUAGUUGACACAUAGAUACAAUGGUGACAGUAAAUAUUAUCCACCUAUAUGAAUUUGAUACUUCAGUUUAUGGGAAGAGUUGUCUUCACCAUUGGUACAAGUAGGCUUUCUGCAUUCACAUGUAUAUUCUGUUUGGAAAUCACAGAAUGUUUCAACGAUUCUGUACUAACUAAUUAAUCCAGCUGUAUCAUGAAAUUUAGAUGUAUCAAAUAAAAUAUCUAGAAGUUAAUAUUUAGCUACUGUAAUACUGUUAAGAGUAAUACUCUGAAAAAACCUAUCCAAACAGUACAUGCUGCUGUUUAAUUUAUCUCAUAAGAGGCAUUAAUAAACAACAGAGUUUAUGUUCAUGAAAAGAUGUGCCCCUUUCAUCUAGGGCUGGCCCAAUCAUUUUUGCCAUCCUGUGCAAAAACUGAUUUUUAGGUUCUGAAUCUAUGCACUGUUUCAGCAAAAUAUCAGUCUGUUCAAUUUUUAGUUUAUAAUCAUGUGCAAGAAUAGAAAAUAUGAGGUGAGUGUUUUGUUUGAUCAGAUUUCUCCUAUACUGAAUUCAUUUCUGAAUCAUCUAAAAAAUUAAAGUUUUUAUCAAAGUUCUGGUUUGUCAAUUGGGUUUGCUAGCAGACAACCCAUGCUUCCUGUUCCACCACUGUGGUUAGAUAUUUGAGAACUAGGUACAUUUAUGUGUCAAUUUCAAUUUAUUGUGUCAAUACCCUUACAUUUAUCAUUUCAUUCUGACACCCCUCAUCAGACCGCAAACUCUGCAGUUAUGCAAGGAUUUUGUCUAAUGUGUGAAUGACAAACAAAAACUACCAUUAUAGUGACUAUAAGAUGCCAGAAACAGUUAUCAUUGUGAUUACACAUACUUUCUGCCAUGAAUGUAUGAAUGAAUG